CAAGCCUUACCCAGUCACGCCGGUUUCCUUCUGCUCGAAGCAAUGGGUCGUCGAAGUAGGGGCAAGUUUGUUUCGGGACCGCGGCGGCGGGUAAAAUCUUUCUGAUCGGUCCCGAAACGUAACUUCGUUGUCUGCGCGACAUGAGUCGAGCGCUGUUGCAUGCACUCUGCGCACCAAGACGUGCUGUCGUUGGUCAGUGGUACACAAGCAGAACUUUCGCAUCAGCUGGUUUCUGGGCUUCAACGAAAACUACAGACUGGAACCGCGCUGUGUCGAACGCAGAGAAAAUCGUCGGCUACCCGACGUCGUACUUCAGCUUGCGAUGCCUGCUCAACGACGAAACAUCCAACAUUGCAUUCCACGUGCGGAAGUUGAUCGGUACCAAUCACCCCGUAUUGAAGACAGCAAAGCGGCUGAUAUACAAUGGACGCACCAACAUUCAGACAAGAGGUCUCAUUGUGCUGUUGUUGUCAAAGGCAGCUGGACACCCAAGCACGCGGCAGGACUGUCUCGAGGAAGAGCGUGUGGCAGGCAUCACGCAGCGGCAGAGGUCGCUGGCUGAAAUCACCGAGAUGAUCCACACGGCACACUUGAUUCACCGUGGGGUGCUGAACCUGUCCAAUGACCUCUUCCCUGAUGCCACCACACUCAAGGACCUGCAAUUUGGCAACAAGAUAUCCGUCCUGACGGGGGACUACCUUAUUGCCAAUGCCAGCAAGUCCCUAACGGAUCUCAAGAACUGCAAAGUGGUGGACUUGGUGGCAACAGCCAUUGGAGACUUCAUGCAGUCGGAGUUCCUGGGAGACCACGACCAGCAGGGCAAUCCCAUUCCUAGCCCAGGCAUGGGCAUCGCACAGUGGGAGGAGAAGAACUAUCUCUCUACAGGUUCGCUCAUGUCCAACAGCUGCCAGGCCACACUGGAACUUGCAAGUCAUGAACAGGCCUUCCAAGAGCUUGGCUUCGAGUUUGGCAAGAGCAUUGGACUUGCAUGGCAGGUUCAUUCUGACCUGCAGCCCUUUGUCGACACGUACAGGCAUCCUCCUGGCAUGCCAUUUGUACUGACGUCGGCGCCAGUUGUUUUGCACCUGGAAUCAGAUCCAUGCCUCCUUGAAGAGAUUCGCAGCCACAGGGACAAUGUUGAGAAACUGGACUACUUAAAGGUUCACAACACUAUAGUAAAUGGAGAUGGCAUCGAGAAGACGAAGGCACUUUUAGAGUCCUACACAUCAAGAGCCCUUGCUGUUCUCAACCAAAUCCCUCCUUCUGAAGCAACCACCGCCCUUCGGAACAUUGUGCAGGCUUUGAGAGAGUGACAUUGUUUUCAUGUUGAAACUGACAUUUUAUUGAGUGGCAUAACUCACUAAUUCUGUUGACUUGCAAUGUAUGGUGUUUUCUAUCUA